AUGUCGGAGGCGUCCUCUUCCUCGGCGGCGGCCCCGGCCCCGGCCCCGCCCCCUGCGCCGGCGCUGGAUCCGGAGGCGAUCUCCCUCAUGGCGGAGGAGGCGCCGCCGGAGGAGAUUACGCUGGUCGUGAAGUGGAGCGGGAAGGAGUACACGGUGCGGGCGAUGGGGGACGACACGCUGUUGGAGCUGAAGCGGCGCAUCUGCGAGUUCACCGACGUGCUCCCCAAACGCCAGAAGCUUCUCUACCCCAAGCUCAUACUCAACGACGAGUCCGUCCUCCUUUCCUCCCUCCCCUUCAAGCCCAACGGCAAGCUGACCAUGAUCGGUACUGUUGAAGAUGAAAUAUUUGUGGACCGACCAGAUGAUCCAGAGGUACUCGAUGAUUAUGAAUUUUUCAAAGAUGAAGUUACUGCUAUCAAGGAUAAUGUUCUCUACAAGCAAAAAGUGAAACGUCGUGCAAGCCAGUAUAAGAUCAAGCUCUUGAAUCCAUGCCGCGAUGGAAAAAGAUUGCUUGUGUUAGACAUUGACUAUACUCUGUUUGACCAUAGGUCUCCAGCUGAGAAUCCUUUGGAACUCAUGCGUCCAUUUCUCCACGAAUUUCUCGCUGCUGCAUACGCAGAGUAUGAUAUCAUGAUAUGGUCAGCAACAAAUAUGAAAUGGGUGCAGCUGAAGAUGGAGCAACUUGGAGUUCUUAGCAAUCCCAACUACAAGAUCACCGCCCUUCUGGAUCACAUGGCGAUGAUAACUGUGCAUGCUCCUGACAAGAAGGUCUUCGACUGCAAACCUCUUGGUGUCAUCUGGACCAAGUUCCCCGAGCACUACAGUGAAAAGAACACAAUCAUGUUUGAUGACCUCAGGAGGAAUUUCGUCAUGAACCCACAGAACGGCCUCGUGAUCAGACCGUUCAAGAACGCCAGUAAGAACCGAGGCCGCGAUCAGGAGCUGCGAAAGCUCACGCAGUACCUGCUCUCCAUUGCGGAGUUAGAAGAUUUCAGCAAGCUGGAGCACGACGGUUGGGAGUCCUUCAUGGACGAAACCGGCAAGAGACGCAGGCGCAGGUAG